UAUAAAGUCGUCUUGGGCUGAUGCAAUCGCAGGGAUAUCGCGUGUUUGAUUUGGAGCGUACAGUAGAGUCAGAGGUGCUCGAAGCGGAGGACCAGAGGACGUAAUCUGUCAUUUUAUUAUUAUAUUUUUGUACUCCAGUUAUUUAUUCCGACAGGUGAAGAUGCCGGUUCUGAGAUCCCUGAGCAGAGUGGCGCAGCAGGUCCUGCAGGCGCCGGCCUGCGGCUGCCAGCCAAUCACGGUCGCCGUCCGAAACAUCAGCUUCUCCCCCCGCCAGGUCACCUCCGACGCCAGCUUCCACUCCGUGUCCUUCUCCGAGACAGACCACCCCAAAGUGCUCAUCACAGGGGGUCUGGGACAGCUCGGGGUGGGCCUGGCCAAGCUCCUGAGGCGGAGGUUUGGAAACAACAACGUGAUUCUGUCCGACAUCCGGAAACCCCCGAGUCACGUGUUUCACAGCGGCCCGUUUAUCUACUCGGACAUCCUGGACUACAAGAACCUGCGGGAGAUCGUGGUGAACAACCGCAUCACGUGGCUGGUGCACUACAGCGCCCUGCUGAGCGCCGUGGGCGAGGCUAACGUAGCGCUGGCGCGCGCCGUCAACAUCACCGGGCUGCACAACAUCCUGGACAUCGCUGCGGAGCACGGGCUGCGCCUGUUCGUCCCCAGCACCAUCGGAGCCUUCGGCCCCACCUCCCCCCGCAACCCCACCCCCGACCUCUGCGUGCAGCGCCCGCGCACCAUCUACGGCGUCUCCAAGGUGCACGCAGAGCUGAUGGGCGAGUAUUACCACCAUCGGUACGGGCUGGACUUCCGCUGCCUGCGUUACCCCGGGAUCAUCUCGGCCGACUCCCAGCCCGGGGGGGGCACGACAGACUACGCGGUGCAGAUCUUCCACGACGCGGUGAAGACGGGGAAGUUCGAGUGCAACCUGCGGUCGGACACGCGGCUGCCCAUGAUGUACAUCGAGGACUGCCUGCGCGCCACGCUGGAGGUGAUGGAGGCGCCGGCCGACACGCUGAGCAUGCGCACGUACAACAUCAACGCCAUGAGCUUCACGCCCGCCGAGCUGGCCGGCGAGGUGCAGCGGCAGCUGCCCGACCUGCAGGUCACCUACAGCCUGGACCAGGUGCGCCAGGACAUCGCGGACAGCUGGCCCAUGAACUUCGACGAUGCGAACGCGCGGCGGGACUGGGGCUGGAAGCACGAGUACGACCUGCCGGAGCUGGUGCAGACCAUGCUGGCCUUCAUCGGGUCGGAGGCACGCGUGGCCCAGGCCAGCUGAGCGCGUGCAGACCGGCCCGGGGGCGGGGCCUGUGGGGGGUCCACGCUCGCUGUACAUAGUGUAAAGACUGACCUCCAGGGAGCGGAGAGGCGCACGCUCUGUACAGAGCUUUUCUGCGUGUGCCGGGGGGUACCCGCCUGUUCUACCGUCCGGUUCGGCCCGGGCUGGGGUCGCUGUUCUAACGCCCCCCCCUUCCGGAACUCCAGCUCCUGUGCGGAUGAGGGAACCUUGUUCUUUAGUGAUUCCUUAGAGACCGAAGGCCUCUGCACGUCCGAGAGCCGGGUCUGGGUUCCACCGUCACUGGGUUCCACCGGAGAACCCUGCGGCCAGUUCCUUAUUAGUUUGAAGAAGAUGUUUUUGUUCUCCGUGCCUACAGUGUUGGCUCCAGCUUCAGAGAGAAUGCAGGGGUCGUUUUCCGAAUGCAAGGGCAAUCUCCCGCUUGUCUGUAGAUGCUAGACGAUGAGCUUGUUGUUACAAAUGUUAGUUUUAAUUUAUACUUUUGGACUGUAUUUUUCUUACUGUGCAACCUAUUUAUAUUACCUGCAGCAAAAAAAAAAAGUAUUUUUUUAAAAAUCUUGCAGUGUUUUCGUGAGAAAUCACAAUGCCUUCUGUCCAAUGAAUUGCCUGAAAUGUUCUACCAGAACAUUUAUUUCCCAGUUCGUUCUCCUCCAAUGGGAGGCUGCGAUGUGGCAUGCUGCUGUGAUGUCACAAAGGUAGCCAUAUAGCUGUCCGGCAACCGUUCUCACGGCAACUGUAAAGGGCUUUUCUCGUUGUCCAGGGAACCUGUUCUGUCAGUCUAAAGGUGAAUGGAAUGUACCUGUCCUUUCAGUGUAAUUUGUAUUUCUGUUUCUGAAGAAAAUGGAAUGUGUUUUUUGUUUGUAUCAUUUCUCCAGGCUUUGAUCUGUAAAACUGCUUUUUCAUUAAAAACAUGUUUCUUUUCCAAA